ACCCAAAUUGGCAUUGAUGAUACGGUCUGAACGUUGAACCCCACUACGCGGCGUCUGUUGAGCGUCUGUAUCCUCAGUUAUAUACCUGCAAACCAACCGCUUAAACAAUGAAAUCGCACGGCUGCCUUUUCCUUUUGUCACCUUGAACGCUGUGGCCUAGCACGGUUAUUAUCCUGCAAUGGGCAAUCUCUUUUCUACAAAUUCUGUGCAUUCUCACCCAGUUAAUUUCAAAACUGAGCCAUAUAAUAUUCCUGCGACAGAACUCAAAAAACUCCAGUUGUAUGCCAAUUGUGCAGGAGGGUUCGGUGAUGUCUGGAUGUAUUCUUGGUCUCGGCGACAACAUCCGGUUGGAACGUCCAAGGUUGCGGUCAAAUUAGUCAGGGUUCCUCAAGCAAACGACACGGAACUGGUGAAUAGGACAAGCAAGAGGAUUCGUCGCGAAGUUCAUGUUUGGAUUGACCUAGAGCAUGAUAAUAUUCUCACUUUCAAUGGUAUUGUUGAUGGUUUGGGGCCGCUCCCUGCCCUAGUUUCUCCGUGGAUGGAAAAUGGAUCACUCGAUAGUUAUCUGAAACAGGGAUAUGUUCUUUCCAAUGCCGAUAAACUAAGAAUGUUGAAACAGAUAGCGGCCGGCCUCAAGUAUUUACACGACAAAGAAGUGGUUCAUGGCGAUUUAACAUGUACCAACGUUCUAAUGAGCGCCGAUCAGACGCUCCAUCUUGCGGACUUCGGUCUUUCAGUGGUCCUUUCAGAAUCACAAAGCUCUACCUUCAAUUCGUGCCACCCAGGAAAUGUGCGGUGGAUGGCGCCUGAGUUGCUUGCUUUACCUGAGGAGGGGGGAGUGGUCGUGCCAACCAAAGCUGCCGAUGUUUACUCGUAUGGUUGCAUCAUGCUUCAGGUGCUUUGUGGAUGUGCACCUUACCUCUGGCUACCGGAUGUGUUCCGCGUUAUUGCGGCAAGACUCACAGGAACAGCACCCUUCCGUCAUUUCCGUGACAUCGAGGACAUACACAAGGAGUUUUCGUUGAGAUGCAUAUCUGUCGAUUCCGGAGGCCGACCAGUGGCUUCUGAGAUUGUAGGGUUCUUACCAACAGUGUGACAACAAUACGAAUGAACUAGCCUAGGAUACUUGUGUAUUCGGAACGACAUCGAUGUGCUUCCCAAUUUAUCACUGCAUUGUUUACAUACACUAUGAGGACUGGUAUUGCAUGUAGUCUGCUAGCGCAUUAGAUUUAGUAUUGCUCCU